ACCACCGAUGAAGAAAUGAUCCGCCCGCUCCGAGCCUCCCCCUCCCCCACGCUCCACCGCUGCCGCCCGCGCCCCCCUCCCCCACGCCUCCCGCCUUCCGCCGCAGCAGCAGGGGGACGGGGCUUGGGCUGCCACCUCCGUUGCCUCUCCGCCGCCGCCGCGCCAAUGGAUCAGCAGCCGCUGAGGAAGGAUCUGUACCCGCACACCGAGCCCUACGACUCCGGGUUCCUCAAGGUCUCCGGCGUGCACACCAUCUACUACGAGCAGUCCGGGAACCCCCACGGCCAUCCUGUUGUCUUCCUCCACGGUGGUCCUGGAGCUGGCACGUCGCCCGGCAAUCGGAGGUUCUUUGACCCGGAGUUCUUCAGGAUAGUUUUGUUCGAUCAGAGAGGUGCAGGCAGAAGUACUCCUCAUGCUUGCCUGGAAGAGAACACUACUUGGGACUUGGUCGCUGACAUCGAGAAGCUUAGACAGCAUCUUGGCAUUCCAGAGUGGCAGGUAUUUGGCGGUUCAUGGGGAAGCACAUUAGCUAUUGCGUACAGCCAGACCCAUCCUGAUAAGGUGACUGGCAUUGUUCUAAGAGGCAUUUUCUUGCUUAGGAAAAAGGAGCUUGAUUGGUUCUAUGAGGGUGGUGCAGCAGCUAUUUUCCCAGAUGCGUGGGAACCAUUUAGAGAUUUUAUUCCUGAGGAUGAAAGGAAUUGUUUCAUAGCUGCAUAUAGCAAAAGACUAACUUCCUCUGACGCUGAUGUCCAGGCUGAAGCUGCUAAGAGAUGGACAAUGUGGGAGAUGAUGACUGCACAUCUUAUUCAAAAUCACGAGAACAUCAAGCGAGGGGAGGAUGAUAAAUUCUCAUUGGCAUUUGCAAGGAUUGAAAACCAUUAUUUUGUGAAUAAGGGAUUUUUACCCUCGGACUCUCAUCUAUUAGAUAAUGUUGACAAGAUUCGACACAUUAAAGCUUUUAUUGUGCAGGGCCGUUAUGAUGUUUGCUGUCCUAUGAUGUCUGCUUGGGAUCUUCAUAAAGCAUGGCCUGAAGCAGAAUUUAAGGUAGUUCCAGAUGCAGGACACUCGGCUAAUGAAGUUGGUGUCGCUGCAGAACUAGUAUCCGCGAACGAAAAGCUCAAAAACAUGUUGAGAAAAUGAACAGCUGCCUUGAUCUCAAAGGGUUCUAUUAUUCCAUCACUUAUCUGAUGCAGAAAUCCAGAAGCAUUUUCUUCUGGAUUUCAUCUGCGUUGUCAGAAAUACAGAAUAAGCAGUUCAUAGCUACAACAGCCAUGUGAUUGUGGGCACUGGUGUGUCAAACGAUGGCAUUCUCAUUUCAGUCAUAGUAGGCCUUGUUUUGAAAAUCAGUA